AUGUCAAACUACUUGUCUGUCUCCAUAACCAAGACAGGCUCCUGCAGAGCCUACCUUGAAGACAAUAUAAAAUCCAUUCGUAAUAUACAAUUAAUUAUACACUAAGUGGAUUGUUACUCAUGGUCCAUGUCAUGUUCAUUCAAAGUGGAGCGUUGCUUUUUUCCCCCUCUGUAAUGACCAUUUGCUCUUUUGUUAAUCAUUUAUUUCCUCCUAAAUUGGUCUUAUUUUUUCCUUCCUUUGUGCUCUUUCUCUCUUGCGCUUCUGCAGUUUCUGAGUGGAAGGAAGGGAAAGCAUUAGCAUAGCACUCACAUGCUAAUCCAGCCAGAGAGUGAAAAGGGUGCUUGUCUUAGACCUUUUUCAUUAUCAUCUAAUUAUUAACUAGGAUUCCGCUAACAGGAGCUGAGAUGGUAGUCGGGAGGGGGGUGUGUGUAUGUGUGUGUGUGUGUGCGUGUGAAUGUAGCAGGGAGAGGGUGUUUUUUCUGUGCAUUUCAUGUUUGUUUAGAGGGAGGCUCUCUUUGCAAUUUGCUUCUAUCUUUCGCCCUGACCCUUGAUGCUACGCAAACUCAUAAAGAUUCCAGAGGGUCAGACCGAUGCAGAGUCCCUGUAUAAUUUAGGGCUUUUUACAGCUUUGAUGGAUAUUCUUAUGCUGCUGCUUUGUAAUGAUUAGCUGAAGGAUACUGUUUUUUUAAACAGAGGUCAUUCAAAUGCAGUUGACAUUUAAGGCUUCAGCUAUAUCUGCCUGUUCAACUAACAUGUGUGUGUGCUGACAAUGACGAGGGAAGAGGCAUAUUUUCUUAUCUGUCAAGACAUCCAUGGGGGACCGUUGGAUGGACCGCAGAGCACAAGGUCUUUAUCUCGCUGGCAGGCCCUCAGUGGACCACAUCAUGACGCUUAUCAGCUGCAUGGAUGUCGCCUGAGAGUGGAGAUGAUUAGAUGUCCUUCAGCUUAAACUUUGUUCUCUUUUUCUUGUUGUGCAUGCUCGAGAAGUCCUUGAACGUGUGAGCCUGCACGACUUGGGAACUCCCGAAAAAGGCUUUGGAGGAAAUGUGAGAAGUGAGACUGUAAUGUUCUGCUCAAAUGCAGGUUAGACACUGUCUGGAAAGCUAAUCAAAGAAAAAGGGAAAACUGAACAAUUAUGUUAAGGAUAAAGAUACUUGGGCUCAUGUGUUGAGUUCUAUGCUGCAUACUGCCAUUUGUAAGAUUGCCGACUUUGCAGUUGCCAUGUCCCUAAGUACUUUAUUAUUGUAACCUCCCUAUUAGAAUAUAUUCUGAUAUGAUAUGGUCAGAAAGGAGUACAUAUAACUUUUUUUUUUGUGAAGCAGAACAUCAUAUGGCCCGAAUAAAUCAUAUUAAUUGUGAACUUAGUCCAGAUAUAUUAUCAUACAUUCUGGGAUAACUUUAAUCUCAUAUCCCUACUGAAGAGUUGGAAGCCAAUUUUAAGCUUACGUUUUUUCCCAUUAAAUUUAAAAUGUAGAUAUCAGGAUGAAAGCAACCAUCAUUACUUGCACUUUAUACAUUAUUUCUAGCUCCUUUGUCUGCUUUCAGUGAAAGUUCUUUCUUCGUAUUUAAGUCUCUGCUAGCUCUUUGAAUUCUAAUGCCUUCCUUGAUGUAUUUUAUUCCAGCGGCAAAUUGUGAGAAUAAUGGAAGGUAUUCCAGUUCACGUCCCAUUUUCUGCUCGUGAAGGGAUCUCCCUGGAGAAGCCUUGUCUCCCUUCUGUUUCUCCUGCAUUUUCGACCUCCCUCUUGACAAAUGUGUGGUAAAGGAAGGGUUGUUCUGAAAUUGCAAUUAUUUUCUAAAUGGAAUCUGAUCAGUCUGAGGCUUUUAGCUCUUCAGAUGUGUGUGCCCAGAUGAGACAGGCACUGAGCAGUUUGAAGUGGGCUUGUCAUGAAGGGACAGAUGUUGAGCGGAGGAGGGGAGCGGGUACACCAGAAGGGGAAUCUUUUUGUUGUUGUUGUUGUUGGUACCUGAGUAACAUGAAAGCCACCCUGUCUCUUCUUCCUUUUGAGGUGAAGGUAAUCCUGUUCCUGCAGCUCGUCACCGAACACUUUGUUCUGUAGUUGACUCUCUUCGGCUGCCCUCUGGACCUAGAGGGAGCACAUAUCCAAAAGAACCUUAGGAAUGAACAAGAAAAAGAGCAGGUUUACCCAGGCUGUGUGCGGCCCUAGAUAACUAUCAUGCUCGCCUGUAUCCAGAGGCGGCAGAACCUCUCCUUGCAGAACCUGGCCUGCAUACCCAAAAGCCUUGAUGUUCCACCGCCGUCGUUACUGCUGUCAGUACCACCGCUGCAGCCGUGCACCCGCAAAGGCGAGCCUCCUGCCUCCAUGAUUUCUCGGUACCCUUCUCCUGCAGAGUUGGAUGCUUUUGCCCAGAGGACCGCCAACAGCCCACUUUCCAUCAAAAUCUUUCCGACCGACGUCCGGGUGCCACAACAUAAACAGCUUAACAAAACCGUCAACGGGUUAGACACCACGGGCCAAUGCUGUAGCCCCUUUUCACAGCAAUACUCAGGAGGCUUGUUGGCCACCAUCAAAGCCUCUGUGGUCGUCAAAGGUGUGGUAAAAACCUCUGAGGGCAGGAGGACUAAACAUGCAAACACUCAGACCUCCGCGGGGCCGUAUAAUAAUCCUCUAAAUCAUGGCUACACAGACAGACACGGGCAUAAGGCAUAUCAUAUCAGCUCAUGUAAGCCCCAUGAUGUUCCCAUUGAGACACUUUGUUCGAGCACAGGGAUGGCCUCCAGAGAUCAGAGCCUGGCCCCCCAGUCUGAGCUGGCAGAGGUUCAAAGCCUGAUGAGGCAGAUGAGCAGAGUUCCCCACAGCCAGGCCGUGCAGCUGGGGGGAGAGGCUCGAGCCAGCCCCUCUCUGCAGGCCGUGGCCGCAGUGGCACAUUCAGACUCCGACUUUGCCCUGGGAGUGCUGCCUCAGAGCAGUCUCGCUUUUACAGGGGCAGUGCUGCCCACACAGAGUGCAGACAUAGCCAAAGCGGGGUACUUAGAGAAAGGAGACUACACAAUGUGGCAGCAUACACAUCAGAUGCAGCAGCAGCAGCAGCAGCAGCGGGGGCCGCCCUAUCAGCAAGGAGCAGGGAGGAUGUACAGUGUGAGUAACGGUGCUCAGAGGCACGGAGGCGUCGAGGCCGGGGUGGGCCAGUCCCCUGAAACCCGCCUCCCUCUGUCGUACAGGCCUCACCACGAGCGAGUCGGCGACUCUUCUCUGAACUGUGCCGCCAUGCAGGGGGAGUUCUCCGCCGGGCAGUACUACGCUCCUCUCUGGGACAGCGUCUCCCCCAACAGCGACGGUUAUACUUCUCAGGUGCUGGACGCGGGUCCAUGCGCAGCCAGGCUUAGAGACCUCGGACUCUCCCAUCCCCAUCUCCACGCAGGCCGCCAUCAACACUUCCAGCCGCAGCUCCACCCUCCUCUUCCUCCUCACACCCAGGCCUACAGCGCAGACCAGAACCUCUGUUGCGGUCUGCCGGGUUCCAGCGUGUGCCACGCCGCAGUGCUCAGCAGCAGCCUGCAGUCUCUGGAGUGCCUCAUCAGUGAGAUCCACCCGCCCUGCAUCAAAGAGCACAUGCUGGGCCGUGGGUACGAAUCCAUGGGGAUGCCUCAGCUACUGGAGCACCACCAGCAGAGCCACAUCCAGCUCCCCGUCUACAGAUGAGGCACGGCGGGGCGCCGUGGGACAAACCUUUUAUAGACCGUAGAAGUGUGUCCGUUUAGUCGGCAAUGGAAAUGAGACGUGCUUUUUUUUAGUUUGUGCAUGUAGUUUCUCUGUGGGAGGCUUUGGUGGUUUGGAGCUUGAAAAGGUGAACGAUAAUCACGACUUAAGAUACAGGUUUACCUUCUGAACUUGUUUUAUUUUUAUAUCUUUAAAUGGCCAUUAAAUAUGCCUGUUGUUCCUCAUUUAAUGCCGAUGCCGAGCACCUAAUCAGAAUUUCCCAUUUUACGAUUGAACAUAAACUGGAUAUUUUUUUGUCGAUUCCUCUUGAAGCCGACGGAAAAGUAAACGCACUGAACUGAAAUAUUCAUAAAUACAUUUCUUUUCAAAGAGGUCGUUGGUGACAGUUUUUUCGUGAAUGUUGUAUAUUUCUUUGACAUAAAAUGGCUUCUUAUUUGAACAUUCCCUCAUUAUUGACUAAACGUUUGGGUGUCCGCUGCUUCGUUGCAUUCUUUAUUUUGUCCUCUUUUCAGCGUAGACAGACUAACGCGGUAACUCGAGCUUCUGCGAUAUGAUGCAGGUGUCUAGGCCGCCGUGUGAGGAUGUUUUUCAUCAUUGUAUACAAAUGUGGAUGUUUUUUUUGUUUUUGUUAAGCAUCCAUAGAGAAAGUUGCGUAAUCUAACAUCUUGAUUGAUUUAAAGGAGUCUUGCUCAGCACAAUGUUUUCGGACCGUUGCACAUCCAAAUCAACUCUGUGGCAAUUCAGGCCAAGCAAGAUGUGCCCUUUGUAACUCUUUUCUUUUUUAUUAUUUGAAGACGUUGCUUGGAAGUUUUUCUGAAAUGAAAUGAUCUCUGGAAGGUUGUGACACUGUUCCAUAAUGCCUGGGCAUAUAUAUGAGCGCCAUGUUGGAGAGCAGGCCACCGUAAUCAUUUAUGUUAUCUUCUUUACAGGGCUAUAUUAUCUCUGAUGGUGUGAGACGUAUGCCUGAGUAGUUUUCUGUGUGUCUGCACUGGUUCUGUGAUACUAUUUAUGUAUGUCAGCCUAGAGAGUUAUAUGGCAAACUGUCUCUAUAAUUAUAAAGUGCAAUUACUAUAUAUGAACAGGUGAGCGCUCUUCGUGAAGUAUGUUGUUGAAAUAACUACAUUUUGCAUUGUAUGACCCUAAUCCCUCAAACCUUUUUGAUUGUCAAGUAAAUGAAAUUUUCUAAACCCA